CCUUAUGUUGCUUGCGCUGAAGCAAUAAUGGCUACUAAUGUUAAACGAGGAGGUAGUUCAGUUUAUGGUAAAGUUCAUAAUAUGAUUAGAAUUAUGGAUGAUUACCUUCGGACGGGUAAAAAAAAUUCGAAUACUUGCGACAUCUUAUGGCAGAAUAAAAAAGUUCGUGAUUUGAUAAAAGAAAUGUGUUAUAAAAAUACAGAAAGAAAGAGAAAAGAUGAAACUACGAAAAAUCGUAAGAAGAGGUAUGACAUCAUUAUAUCACAUUUUAUACUAACAGUAUUACAAAUUUAUAUUAACCAUCAAUUCUCUAGUAUUAGUAAAGCGAUAACAACUGUAACAACUGAAGCAUCUACGACUACAAGUCAGAUAGAUGUUCCUCAGAUGCCUUUUUCAAUUGAAACGAUUGAUGAGAUUUAUAAUGAACAAAUUAAAAAAGUUGAAAAUUUGGUAUUAAAAUCAAAAGAGACUAUUGAGACAAGAAAUCAAGAAAUUCGUGAUUUAUAUGAACAAAUUUCUCAUCGUCGUUCUGAACUUAUCGAAUUAAUUGAGAUGGCUAAUAAUAAAUUGAAUGAUUUGAAGGAUUUUUCUAUAGUAUAAAAAUUGGUAUAAAAAAUUGGUAUAAAAUUGGUAUAAAAUUGGUAUAAAAUUGGU